CCAUUACAACCUAAGAAGCCAAUAAUGUUGUGUCAACAAGGCUGAGAGCCAAAACCCAAGCCCAGGGCCCUUUGAUAAUGUUGGAGUCUAAGUGGGAACCCGGUUGGAGGGAUUCCAGAGCUCCCGUCACCCCGUAAUCAACCUUCAUGGUCCUCGGAGACUGAAGUGUCCCAACCCCAGGGUCUUCAGUGUCUUAGGCUGCUCUCAGGUCUCUAAAUCCAUCAUGGAAGCCUCUGGUGGGCCUGUUGGAAGUUUUCUUCCCUUGACACUCUGGUCUCUCAGUUACCUAAAACUCUUUGUCCCUCUGAUUUUAUUCCCCGACCCUGGUGACAGCUGAGUCAGAGACAGGCCACUUCCCCUGGAUUCCUGAUGGAUCCCUGGGGGCUGCUCCUUGGCUGUAUCCCUGAGUCUCCUAGUCAGUCCAGCCUCCCCCCUCCUAGGGCGGGGAGUCCCGGGCUAGGCCGGGGGAGGGGGUGGACUUUUGGCCCGUUUAUUCCCUCCAUCACAGUCAACAGCUGCCGAGCGAGCGGAGCAGGCUUGGCUCAUUCCUCUGACCUGCCAGGAAGCAGAGAGUCCCAGAGACUGGACCGAGACAGUCAGACCUGGGCUCCAGGAGAAGGCAGACGGGGAUCGCAGCUGGACAGGCUGUCCUUCAGCCUUCUCCCUCCUCAGUCUUCCUUAGCAUCGCUUUGGGGCCAAAAGCCCCCAGAAUUCCCCUGGAGGUACCACCUCUAUCCCGAUCCCUGGGGCUCGAGCCCCUUGGGGCACCUGCACCCCAGCAUGUCUAUAGCUGUGGAGACCUUCGGCUUCUUCAUGUCAGCCCUGGGACUGCUGAUGCUCGGCGUGACGCUCCCAAACAGCUACUGGAGAGUGUCCACCGUGCACGGGAACGUCAUCACCACCAACACCAUCUUUGAGAACCUGUGGUACAGCUGUGCCACAGACUCCAUGGGAGUCUCCAACUGCUGGGAGUUCCCUUCCAUGCUGGCGCUCUCUGGGUACGUCCAGGGCUGCCGCGCCCUCAUGAUCACCGCCAUCCUCCUGGGCUUCCUGGGCCUCUUCCUAGGCAUGGUGGGGCUGCGCUGCACCAACGUGGGGAACAUCGAUCUCUCCAGAAAGGCCAAGAUACUGGCCAUUGCAGGGGCCCUCCACAUACUCGCUGGGGCCUGCGGAAUGGUGGCUAUCUCCUGGUACGCCAUCAACAUCACUACUGACUUCUUCAACCCCUUGUAUGUUGGAACCAAGUAUGAGCUGGGUCCCGCCCUCUACUUGGGCUGGAGUGCCUCCCUGCUCUCCAUUCUGGGUGGCAUCUGUCUCUUUUCCACCUGCUGCUGUGCCGCCAAGGAAGACCCAGUCACCAGGACUGGCCUUCCCUACAAGGCUUCUACAGUUGUGGUACCCAAAGCCACCUCGGAUGAAACCGACAUCAGCUUUGGUAAAUAUGGCAAAAACGCCUACGUGUAGGAGCUCUGGCCUGGUGGACACCAGUUCUUGUCCCACUGUCCCCAGCGGAAGUGUCCCCAGGACCGUCAGACCACUCUCCAGUUAAUAACCUCAGGACAGACCAUUUUCAGACUCCACCCUGUGCCUGGAAGCCACGGCCUGCUCUGGGCACACCUUAUCUGGCACUCCAGCCUCUCCCAGGAACAGAAGCUGUGGAGGCUGCUUGCGUGGCCUCUUACAGCUGGACCCAAGGGGACAGAGGUGUCUGCAGCUUGUGACACCAUAUGAACACAUGUAUAAAUAAAUGUAUAUUGUGAUUGUUCGGGGCUUCAGGGGUCAGGAAGGUGCAGCAAGUACCAAACCAUGCCGGUCAAGACUGUCCACUUGAGCAGUCUCAGCCAGUGACACAGUGUGCCAAGGGGCUGGGGAGACGGCUCGGUGAGUUACAGUGUCUGCCGCACAAGUAUGAGGGCCUGAGUUCAAAUCCCCAGAAUCCAUGUAAAAAGCCAGGUGUGGUCACACUCGUGUAACCCGAGCGCGGUUGGGGAGGCUGAGGCUUACUGGCUUCCAGCCCAGCUCAAGGUCCAUGUGAGACCCUGUCUCUAAGGAAUAAAGUGGAGAUUGAGAGAGCAGGGUGCUAGAAGCCCUCCUCCGACCUUCCAGGCACACAGACUCGAGCACAAACAACACACACACACACACACACACACACACACACACACACACACACAUGCACACACGCACAUUCUUAAAAAAAGGUGUGGCAAGUGAUCUGAAAAGGAGAAUAGCUAAUUGCCGCUCAGAGUCACCCACCUCAGGGAAUUAUUGUUAGCUGGGACGCCCCUAGACAGCUGAUAGUCUCUCUCUUUUGACUCUUAACCUGUUUUUUUACAGCUGCACAGAGGAGCAGUUGGUCUAGAACAGGAGUUUGUGUGUGUGUGUGUGUGUGUGUGUGUGUGUGUGUUUGAACUAGAUCUGGGGUUUAAUAAAGAUAUUUUAAAAGA